AUGCCGGCCGGCACUCGCCCCGACGACGAGUCGUUACGUGUGAGCAGUCGGCUUAAAAUACGCGAGCGCGGAGAUCGUUUUCUCGGUAAACCAAUUAACGCGCCGGCCGGACACGACCGGGCCCGUAAAAGGCGCGCAACCGUCACAGCAGCGGCACACGCGACCCGAAUGGAAAUUGCCGGGCGACGACCACCGCCCGUGCCGUUCGGAGAAAACGGACGUCGUCGGUCGUCCUCGGACCCCGUUUUGGGUAAACGUGUAUUUACACCGCUCGUCCGAUGUAUAUACACCGCGAACGCUGCGACUGCAGUGGUCAUUAUUGUGCAUCAUACAGGGCGCUUCCCGUUUCGGUCGUCGGCGAUAUGA